GGAAAUUCUUGACAAACUUGCUUAGCAGAGUAGCUGCAUGUGUGUCUCUCUGAUUUUUGGUCCUUGAUGAGUGUAACUUGUACGUGUCACACUCACCAAUAAUCCCCAUGAUUAAAAGCCUAAGCUAAACAUUACCCCAUUUAAUAUUUUCCCAUAUGCUAGUUCUAGUAGUUGGUAUACACAGAGAACAUAGGAAGAGUCAACAACAUUAAAGUUGACGAAAAGGAGAAUUGAGAAAAGAACGCAAUUGGUGACAGGUACGAUGAUGUCAUCGAUAAACUUAUUGUCACAUAAUUAAGAAGUCAUAAGCUUACGUGUGUAUAAUAAACCUUUAUGAUUCAAUACUUACGCAUGUAUAACAAGAACUUUAAUGCAUAGCAAUUGCUGACAGAUACGGAGAGAGAUAAGACCAGUGACAUGAUAAGACCAGUGACAUAAAGCAGACAAAAGAUUUUUAAUAGGGGCAUAUGUGAAGAAAGAAGAAAACAGAUAAAUGGGUGGAUUAAUAGGAGGAGGAGCUCACAAGAACUACAGGAAUAAAACUUUGUUGGCGUGUGUGAGAGAGGCAGAGAGACAAAGGGGGUGGUGGUAAAGAGAAAAAGUAAUAGUAAGUCUAAAGUAAAAGAGAUAUGGGGAGGUGGACAACAUCAAACAGUUUGAAUUUUUUUGUAGAAAAAGAAGACUUUUGAGUAAGACAACCACCAAGAAUUUGAAUUUAUUUUUGGGUAUGUACAAGAGUGAGAAAAAGAUGGAGAGAGAGGAAAAGAAAAAGCAGAAAGAGGAAGAAGAAUUGUUGGUAGUAAAGUUGAAACAAGGUGUUUUGGUGGGGAAAAGAGGGGGUACUUGUACAACACCUUCACCUACAUGGAAAAUUGGUUUGGCACAAACUGAUGGUUCUCUGCUUCAAGAUUUGCCCUUUGCUUCCAAUUCUGCUUCACUCUCUGUCAGAAAACUUGGUGCCAAUCUUUGGGAAUUUCAACCCCAAGUGAAAAAAGUUGUCAAGAUGAGCAAGAUUGGCCCUCUACCUCAAAAUCACAAAGACAAAUCUAAGCUUCCCACCCAACCAACUGACCCACCACAUAGCCCACCACAGCAGCCAACAAGCACCAGUAGCUUAGGGAGGGACAUUGCUGCAUCACUUAGACAACAUCAUCAUCAUUUAAUUGCGAAGAAUGGAGGCGCUCAAUCACUUGAAUCACCUGCAAGUUAUUGUAGCUCAAUGGAGAUGGCUCCUUAUAAACCUGUUGAGACUCCCACCAGCUCAAAGGACAUUAAAGGUAAAAGUGGAAAGUCAAGUUACAGCCUGAAAACAUCGGCAGAGUUACUUAAGAUACUUAAUAGGAUAUGGAGCCUUGAAGAACAACAAGCAUCUAACAUGUCGUUGGUGAAAGCAUUGAGAAAAGAAGUUGAUCACUCCCAAAGACGUGUUAAGGAACUACAAGAAGAAAAGAAAAGAGACAAAGAAGAAAUAAAUGAAUUGAUGAUGCUAAUUGAUGAGUACAGAAUUGGAAGAAAGAACAAGAAACAUAGCAGAGCUGAAGAGGCAGUCAAGAUAUUGACGGAUGAGCUGCGAGAUGAAAGAAAGUUGAGGAAACACUCGGAGAAUCUUCACCGUAAGCUUGCUCGAGAGCUAGCUGAAGUGAAAUCUUCUUUCUCUAAUGCUUUAAAAGAACUUGAAAGAGAACGGGAGGCACGGAUUAUGCUAGAAGAAUUAUGUGAUGAGUUUGCCUACGGAAUUAAGGAGUACGAAGAAGUAGCUCGAUUCUUGAAAAGCAAAGUAAGCAAGGAUCAAAUAUUAACUGAAGAGAAGGAUGGAUUGAUCAUCCAUAUUUCUGAAGCCUGGUUAGAUGAAAGAAUGCAAAUGAAGCAAGCCCAAAGACGUCAUGAUCCUGCUGAAAAGAAAACAAUUGUAGACAAGUUGAGGUCCGAGAUACAAACCUUCCUUAAAGCUAGACAAUCUAGUGAUUGCGGGAAUAAUGUCUUAAACCUGAAAGGAGCAAAGGAGAGUAGAUUACGCCGGCAUUCUUUGGAAUCCUUUCACUUGAACAAUCCUGCAAGUGCACCCAGAAUAGAUAAGGAAGACGAAGAUUCAUUUGACAAUGCUUCUGAAUCAAAUAGAGGUCUAAGUGGAAAGCAUGAUGGUAUCAGCUGCAUCAAGAAAGAUGACGAAUUUACUCCAGACAUUCAUGUCGAAAAAAUAGCUCAAUCAAAUCCACCACAGACGGAGAUUGAAACUAAAAUUUCAAAGGACCCUGAAGUGAGUAGCUCAAGAAUUCAACCUGAAGAGAAAAUUUUCGAGGCAAUGGUGGUUAAGGAGACUCCCGUUGAAGGUAAUGAUUCAUGCGUGCUUAAGAAACCUGUCACAAAACAGAGAAAAUUCCAGAAGAGAAAGAAUAACUUAACGAAAGCUGGAAAUUCCUUGCUGAAUAAGUUGCUUAAAGAUCAGUCGUUGCCUUCAGAAGCCAUGACACCUCCAAAUGACGAUAAGCACAUGGAACAGUCUUUUGAUCCAACGACAUUUACUGGUCCUGCCAGUCCAGUGCAGAAGUGGACAUCAAAAGUAACACCCCCGGAUAGUGAGGUGAUUGAAUCUUCUUCAAAAUUACCACCAGGCGUAAAAGAGAAUACACUGAAGGCAAAGCUGCUAGAAGCCAGGAUUGAAAGCCAACAGUUGCAGCCAAGACCAAUGAAAGGUCUAUCUGAGGUUCCUUGAACUGUAAAAUGGUCUAUAUGAAUCUUUUAGGUGGAGAAUAUUAAAAUGUGUUAAUACUUUGUGAGUUGCUAAUGCUGCUUUUGUGACUCAAAAAUUUUGGUACAUGAGAUACGAGAAGUAUCUUCUUCUUUUUUUGUAGUCAAGACUUUCUAUCUGUAAAUGAGAGAUGUGUACUGGUUAUUGACAUAGUUUCUCAUUCACCUGGAAAUUGUUGUAAAGUAUGUUGAAGUAUCUUUUGCCUUCAGA